CUGAGUGUGUAUGAGAAAAAUGUUUUAAUUAACAUUCACGUAUGAUUCUGACUCUUGGCAUCAUCGGUGAUGUAAUGCAGACGUGUUAUACAGACAUCCAGCCUCCGGCGGUUCCAGGUCGGCUAUGUACCCGGCGAGCAGUAGCCACGGAUCGCACGGAAAGAUGACACGUCUAUUGUCUACCAAUAGAGAAUAACAGAUGAUGUGUGAUCGUAAGAUAUAUGUAUAGAUGGAUACCAUAGUAAUUCUACUUAAGGAUGCUGGAGUUAUGGACGGUAGUCGAAAGUGACUAGAAUAAACCGUGACAUUUUAUUGGCAACCUCAUAAAAGAUGAUCUUUGGCAACGUCACAAAUACCCAGUCUUUUUUAGAGCCUUUUAAUGGAUGUUAUAUACAGUAUAGUACCUACUGAGGUCAUCAAGUACAACAAAGGGAAACAUGUCAUCAAAUAUUUCUAAAAUCAAGAUCGCUGAAGUGUUUGACAAACCUAAGCAUUUCUUGCUGAAGAGUGAAGUCCACUCUGACCCCGAAGAUUUUGUUGAUUCGGAUUCAGAUAACGAUGACGUCGAUAUACGUUUUUACGUUAGAAGGAACGAAACGAUUAAAGAUACAUUUGACGAGCCAUUCUUAGAACAACCGGAUCCCGAUUUCAUGAUGCCGUCCUGUGUCCGGGAAAUCUUGCGAUCAGAAGGUUUGUCGAGCCAGGUCAUCGACAAGGCUAUCUGGGUAGGAGAGAAGCGUCAUCGCCUUGCCAUGCAUCUUACUGUGCAACAGGAAAAAAAAUGCCAGAGGGCGAAUGAUGGACGGAAGAACGGAAAGAAAUCAGUAAACUCCCUACAACUACCGCGCCUAGACGCAUGUGAUGGCUCACAUCUCCUGAGCUCGUCGGAUCUUUCCCUCAUUUGCCAGGACUGUCGGGACGUCUCGGCGCGUCAACGGAGACGGCACGAACGAGCACGUCCCUGGCAAGACGUUUCCCCCUGCCGAACAGAGAUGUCGGACGCCGAAAGCUCCUCCAAAUCGAAAGAACUGAAGUUUGAGAAGGUGACUUUCUGUCUAACGGAGGCGGAGACGACGCAAUGGAUGUCCGCCCAGCAAAUAGAGCGCAGUUUGGUUGGCAGCGCGUUCGAACCCCCUCGUCUGGUGCUUGUAUCAUCAAAGAUGUCAAAAUGCCAAUACCUACCGAAGGUGCUCUUAGAGGAUAAAACUAUUCUACAUAUUAUAUAUGAUUUUGACACGUGGUCUUUUUGUGAUAUCAUAAAUGCAGUGGAGAAGAAGCUGUCCAGCGUAAAGCCCGGAUGUAAAGCUAAAUCGAUACUUAUACUAUGUCAGGGUGGUCCAGGAUACCUGUAUAUACUCCGUAAAUUCGUCAUUACACCGCAAAAACUGAAGAAAGAAUCCUACAAAGGCGUUAGGGAGUUUUGGAAGGACUUGAGCAGUAUGGUUAGCAAACUGAACCCAGAGGAGUCCAAACUACACAUCUGUGGCUGUGACUUGGCGACAGGUCCCCAGGGAUACGAGGUGAUGAAUAUACUCCAGCGAUUAAUACACCACAACAUGGUCUACAUAGAAAACGCCGUCAGCGGAACACAGGAAGACCAUGAUCUAGUUACGCUGUACUUUAAUAAGAGACGGUACGAUCUAUGGCGGUCAAAACAAGACGACAGUGACGAUGAAAUUGACUUCGACGUGUUGGACGAUAAGGGCGAUGAAACAGAAAGUGUGAUGAGAACAUGGUCAUCAUUGGCCGCAGACGCGAACGACUCAGAUCAAGGCUGACAUAAUGUACUGUUACAAUAAAUUAUAUAUGUAUUA